GAAAAUAUAAAACUAAACCAAAAUCGAUAUGUGAAAAACACACAGCAACAACAACCGAAAUAAAAAAAAACAUAUAGUUUAUGUAAAUUGACGACGAAUCGCCUGUUCCUGCUUCACCACUAAACAACAACACAGAAAUAUACACACUAAACACACGUCAAGUGGACUAAUAUUUAUCACAUUGUUGUUCGUCCAAUAAAACCAGAGAGAGAGGCCUCAUUACCGGUAAAAAAAAAGAGAACACCAAUGUACGCGUUCGCCUUCAAUCGAUUUUGACAGCACAGAUGAACACAGAACAGCGUGAUAGAAACAACACAACGCAACAACCGGAGAAGAAGAAGAAGAAGAAUACCCAAGUAACAUUUAUGUAAUGCUUUUUACCGUUAAAUUAAGUAAUGCUUUUGCCCACUUCAGUGGUGCAUUUGACCAUUAAUUCACAUACAAUCCCGUCCGAAUCGGAUGAAAUUCGGGUAUCAUCCAACUGUACGCUACACUCGAAUCACAUCCAUUUGUGACGGUAAUAAUGGGUGUGAAAACUGACUGACUGACUGAGAAUUAUAUAUGUACAACAUCUUUGAAUCAAUUGAGAAAUCAGAACCGUUGUGCAACAUUUUCAAUUGUAAAUGUCACUUGAAAUCUUCAAACUAUUCAUUAGCUCUAGAAAUAUGCACGAUAUAAUAAUCAUUUUCAGUAUAAAAAACUGUCGAAGCAAAAACAUUUUGCUUCUCUUUGGAGAUUUCCCUUUCUGUCUCCAAUUCGUAAAACAGCAGUUUUGACGCAGCAACCGUCACGCCAAUCAAAUGUGGUGUUCAAAGGAUGAAACAUUGAGGCCGAACGAUUCGUUUUGUAAAUGUCACUCAGCACAGCGGCUCAUUGGUGUAGGAACAUUGUCAAGAAAUUGACGCACAUUUCUUUGAGUGAACAUUUAACGAAAAAAGGCAAUUUUUUUUGCGAAAUAGUUGCUUUAAUUGCGAGACUAAAACCCUUUUACAGAUUAUUUCGCAAUUUUGAGGCGAGAUUCGCAUUGAGACAGGGAGACAGAGAGCAAACGAAGCCUGAUCUAUUCAAAGUGGACUUAUUAUGACCGAGAUCCAUCGCAAUGGCGAGGCGUAAGCGGCACAAUAAGACGUUUGGUAAGCCAAGGGAGAACAAAGUCCAGAUGAAAAAGCACUCAAUUGUGAAGAAAAAACGUGUCAAUCGGAAAGAAGAUCCAGAAAAACAGUCGACAGAAAAUGGCACAAUCGAAAUCGGCGCGAUCAAAUUGGCAUUUAAUUCGAUAAUUAAUCCGAAGUUAACAGAAACAGAAAGAGAAUUUCUGAUCCAUAAGUUCUUCGAGAAAUGUUUGAAUGCUACGAAAGUCAUGCAUCUUGCAUCGAUGUUAAUGCUCUACACAAUUAACGAAGCAUUUGAUGAUGGCAAUUUGGACUUCUUCGUGAAUCAAAACGGAGCAAAUUUGAUUACAGACUGUUUCAACUGUGUCACAUCGAACAACAUCAACGAUCCACUCACAGCCCAAAUGCCAGACGCAUUUCUCGCGAUGGUGACCCAAGGUAGCCCCAACUUUGAAUGGCCACGCCGCCAUCAAAUGACUCGCCAAGUUUAUGCUCUCAAGGACCAGUAUGUGGCCAAUGUGAAGACAAAUUUGGAGACGCACUGUUGGGUGAGAUUGACCCACUUUCUACGUGUAAAGUGCCAUGAAUUCAAUCACAAAGGAAGCCCACUUGGCGUUAUUUAUGAUGCAUCAUACUUGCCUUUCGAUGACAUUGACAUUCGAAAUACGAUGAAAAAUUUGAUGUAUAAUGAAGAUUGGACUUAUGAUGAUGAUGAAAGUCGAAAGUCGAAGAUGGAAAUACUGUUUAAGGAAGUGUCUCAGCUUUGUGGCCCAUCAUUCGUAAAAUACUUCACAAUGUACGAAUACAUUCAAAAGGACUGGUUCGAGUCUUUGUGGAUGUGGAUAGGCAUGCAACGAAUUGUCGAGAAAUUUUUGAUCGAUACGGCUCACCUUCGUGAACAGUGGAAAGCAUACGAUCGUGAUCCAGUGAACAAUCGAGAGCCGUCGGUACCGAAGAUACCAAAAGUGAAGAAUUUCGCCGCUAUUCCACUCUGUGAUACAAAACUGAAGCACAUACCAUUCGACCAUAAAGAUUUGAUUGAUUUCAUUGGCCAGUUGAGAAAUGAACGGGGAAGGGAUAUCCGUGCUGAUUAUCGUACAUACUACAAGCAAGGCGAGAACAAAGACGAGGCAUGGGGAAUUGUGUUCGAUAUGGACAAAAUCAGACAGCUCAGAACCGGUUCGAAAGAGUUUCACCACAAAAUUCAAACCAACAGUAGUGCCGUGUCGGUGUUGUUUAGCAGACCCAAACGCAAAGGAGCCGGCGUGACUCUGUCUGAAAUCAAAGCAAAGUACGAAAAGCCAGUCAGCAAAGGCGGUUACAAGUAUGAGUCAGGAAUUGAUCCCGGCCAGAAAACAAAAAUGGCCUGCGUGCGUCGGACUCUCGCUACUGGAAUUGAAACCAACAUCAAAUUAUCGAGUAUUCAAUAUCACUGGGGUGCGCGACAAGGAAUGCGCGACAAACAGGCCACGAAAAUGACCAGAAAGUACGUGCACAAAGAACAGCGCGACUUGAAAAGCUAUCCGAUCACAUCCGUAUCGCCGCGAGGAUCACAAUGGAAAUCAUUCAUUAAGCACAAAAUCAAAAUGUUGACAGAUUCAUUGGCUACAUACGCCAGAAGAAAGUACGCACAGCUAUCGUUGCACAAGUACAUCGAGUCUAAUCGCGAAAUGGAUUUGAUGGCUAAACACAUAACAAACAAUGAGACAGGAGUUGUAUUCCUUGGUGAUGCGGCGUUCCCAUCAAAUUCGAAAAUCGGUGUGAAAAGAACAAAACGAUCACCAGAUCAGCGAAAGUUCAUAGUUAGCCUAAAAAAGAACGGCAAAACGGAUGUUGUGCUUACACCAGAGCCGUAUACAUCACAAACCUGUGCCAAUUGCUUGCGGCGAUUUCCGAGAAGCACAAAAAGUGACCGAUUCAAAGUGUGCAAAGAUUGUCGCCCACACAAGGAUGUGAGACUCCCACCGGUUAUUGUGACUGAUCGAAGCAGACGGCGCAAGCAACGUGAUCGAAAACAAAAUGCCAGCCAAAAGCCAACAGCAAAUGUAACUAGAGCCGAAAAAGCUGAGAAGCACCGGGAAAAGCGUCGAAGUGAGCGCGAAAGCCACAAUCCAGAGCAAUUGGAUACCGAAGAGGCAGUGAGACGGUACAAUCGACGCAUACGACGGCGUGAACUACGUCAACGACGUCGAGUUGCAGGCCAUCGCAGCCGUAAAGUAUCCAAACAGCCGGAAGCGGAAUCCGAUUUGCCAGGUUUUGAUAAAAUUGGUGACACAAGUAUUUGCAAGAUUCGUGUCAAAAAUCGUAAGGCCAAACCACAAUUAUGGCAGCGAAUACAUUACGAUGCAACUGAUAAAGGAAUUGGGUUAUUGGGGUCAAAGAAAAUAGCCUUCCAGAAAAACUGGCACUCAAGCCCAAUGAAUGAUCAGAACGCUUUUACUGCUACUUGGCAUCGUGACAUCUGUGCGGCGAAGUGCAUCUUGUACAGAGGCCGUUGUAUGGUUUUCGACUUGAAUGUGCACGAAUCAUUUGUGUUACCACCAGAAAGGAUAUGGCCAAAAUGUCGAGAUGACCAAUCGAGUCGGCCAAUCAAAUGCUGUCGAUGAAAAGUAGAGCGUAGAUCAAGAGAAUAAAAUAAAACAUUAACGAUUAGUUAUUAUCAAAGCUUGAUUUUUGUGGCUUUGUACAUUAAAAUGUGUGUGCAAAUACACGAUGUAAUACGGCUUAAGCCCGUAGUAGCUGACGAGUGAUAGAACGAAGAGAGUAAGUGACGAAGCAGAAAAGAACUAUUUGAUAUGAUUUUUUUUCUGCCAAAAUGCUUCUCCGUUUCUAUUCAAAAUUUCUUGUGCGUAAACCAUUCGAUCGUCUUCAUACGCAACUAUCACAUUUUUCGUCUACACACUUUCCUUUUGUCGCGAUUCUCUGAAUUUUUUUUUCGGUGCUCUAAAAAAAAACCGCUCACCUUAAUUUAAAUUCGUCUAUUCUUUUUUUUCUUCCUUGAUCCAAUAUGUGUUCUGUUCCAAACAGUAUUAACGCAAAUGAUGUGAGUUAGUUUUGUGUAUUUAUUAUUAUGACUGGAAUAUUAUACGUACGCCGUCAAUUCAAGACCAUUUUACAUGGGAUUUGAUAAAACGCAAAUUAGUUAUGCAAACUAUACAACUCGGAUAUGGAAUUUUUGACGUUUCAAUUGAAAUGCUCUUGGAAUGUUUUAUUUUUUUUGUCGAUGGAAAUUUACGAAGCACACGAGCCGAACCGUGCGUUUUUGUUAUUCUCGGUUAGUUGAAGCUCAAGGUGUUUGUUUUAUUAUGUUUUUUUUUUUGGACAAAAAUUCGAUCCAUGUGCAAAUCAAAUCGAUUUUAUCAAUUCAGUUGAAUCCUCACUUUUGUUACACGUUUUGUACGGCUCGGGGAGGUCGCUAUGUAGAUUUUAUCAGGAUUGACUAGGACUAAUGGCAUGUAUUAUGGAUAUAUUGGGAAUGCAAUACACAUCCCCCCACACACACACACACAAACAAUGGACACUAAUGGGUCAGGUUAAAGCAAUGUGCUAUUACUGUUUGAUAUUAUGUAUUCGGCACUUGUGCAACCUAUUUUAAAUGAGUAUGGCCAGUGUCAUUCAUUUUUGGCGUGGCUACUGAGAAAUCAGUCAAUAAUAAGAGAGAUAUACGAAUGGGGCACAUUUAUUCGUUUUUUUUUUCGUCUCGUAGUCUUAUCAGCUGAUUUCUAUCACGAAUGUUUCUUUUGUUUUCUGAUACAUUCAGAUGGGGAGUAUGAAUCGAAUGUCGGCAAUGGAUUAAUUUUAUUAUAUUAUUACCGAUGAUCCCGCUGACGAACGAAAUCAAUUAAUAUGCAUGCAAGUGAUGAAUAAAUUAUUUUAUAUUUUGGCUAGAAAAAGAGGACAGAGAAAAAACAAACGAGAAAUGACACACGAGUCAUAUGAUUACAGCUGUCAUUGACCGACUAAGCAAAGGCUGCACCAAAACUAUAGAACAAUCUAUACACAACGCUUGACGUUGCGACUGCCAAAUGACAGCUAAAGCUAUUCUAGUUGAAUAAAGUAUUCAUAAUUUAGAUGGAGCCACGUCAUGACUUUUGAA